AUGUUCAACUCGAAUCCCAACACACCUUCUCCGGGCCCAGCAAGCCGUCGCGAGUAUCUCGAGCCUCGCCAUGCCACAGCCGACUUUACGGAAGCCGAGGACGAGGACGAGGACGAGGAAUUCAACGAGAGACGGGAAGAUGUAGGAGAGCUCCCCAGAUUUACACGACAUAGGCAUGAUGGUGGCCCACAAGACGCAGAUGGCCGAAGAAGCUCGGCGACAAUGAUACCAUUGUUCUCUGCAAGUCAUUUAGACUCCCUGCCCAUCUAUAGCCUCGUCCACUCGAUACGAAUCAUAGUUCAGACAAGGACGGAAACAAGCUUAACAUGGGAACAGCUAAAGUCGCCUCAAGUAUCGCAAUUCCUUGUUAAGCCUAUGCAACAGCAGAUCAGAAACACGCAUCUCAAUCGAGCAACUUUAUAUGCCUUGAUGGCAAACUGUCUGGGCUUCAAGACAGAGAGCGAACUUUAUCCAGCGAAUGCAGGCACGAGCAGCACGAGGGCCAAGGUUUGCGAGCUGCUUGCUUUGAAGUUGUUGAAGGAGUACAACACGAGAGAGCUUAUCGAUGCCCUGUCCUACGACUUCUAUCCAUUACAAGGCGCUCCAGACAAUGGUCCUCGGGGCCCAAAAAGUCAACAAGCAACGGCGAGAACAUCUACCCUGGAAGUAGCCAUUCGGGCCUCGGCUAAGCAUUUCCUCUCCCAUCCUCUUGUGGUCCAACAGCUCGAAGCUAUCUGGAACGGCUCCAUUAGCUUUUACUCGUCCGCGGACCAGCUACAUCGCAAGCCCCCAACCCCCAAGACGCCUAGGUCACCCGUAGAGAAUGGUGCCAGAUCUCCUAUGAGCAGAGAGCCGGCUGAUGCGAGGACUCCGCUUCUUCGGUUUGAAGCGCCAAGCGUCAAAGAGAACGAGGGACGAGGUCGGGGAGAACAGCUCCCGCUUUUCGAAGUACCUAUCAGGCGGACUGUGGCCCUCUACAAUCCUCACAACGCCUCUCCUAUGAAACUAUCUAGGCUGCGAGUUCCUCGUUAUCGGCAGUUCUUCUCGACCUGCUCCCUGUUUAUACUUAUAUGCCUCUACCUCGCCGUCCUUGUGGAACGUUCAAAUCGUAUUACCUCGCUAGAGUUGGUCUUCUGGUUUUGGAGUGCCGGAUUUAUGCUUGACGAGGUUGUCGGUUUCAACGAGCAGGGGUUCUCCCUCUACAUCAUGAGUUUUUGGAACAUCUUCGAUAUAGGCAUCCUGCUGCUCUUGGUAAUAUUCUAUUGCAUGAGGAUAUACGGCGUCUUUCUCGUUGAAGCUAAGGGCUGGAACGAUAUGGCGUAUGAUGUGCUGGCUGCUAAUGCAAUCCUGCUUUUGCCCCGUAUGUUCAGUGUGCUUGAUCACUACCAAUACUUUUCGCAGUUGUUGAUAGCCUUCCGGCUGAUGGCUGUGGAUCUCGCUGCCGUAUUCAUUUUGAUCAUGAUCAGCUGCUCUGGAUUCUUUGUAUUCUUCACCCUGUCAAGAAACAACCAUGAUGCUGGCGAUGUAGCCUAUAAGAUCUUCCAGAUUCUCAUGGGAUUUACGCCAGCUGCCUGGGAUGUUUGGCCGGAGUAUAAUUACUUGGGACGAUUCCUCCUGGCUUCGUUCCUUGUUAUCUGUCACUUUGUGGUGGUCACUAUUCUUAUCACAGUCUUGACGAAUUCUUUCACUGCCAUUGCCUCCAAUGCCCAACAAGAACAUCAGUUCCUGUUCGCAAUUAACACAAUCUCAAUGGUGAAGAACGAUGCUCUUUUCAGCUAUGUGGCGCCAGGCAACAUUAUUGCCUGGCUGUUGAUGCCACUGAGUUAUGUUAUGCCUAUGCGGGACUUCGUUCGGAUGAAUCGAACAGCCAUCAAACUCACUCACUGGCCGCUAUUGUUUGUCAUCUUCUGCUACGAAAAAUACAUAUUGGCAUCAGAUAUUUACGAGCCGACGGAUCUAGUCGACAACCAAGCGCGUACUCGUACCCGUUCACGACUGAUAUCCUUUGCCGAUCCGGCUUCGAGAACCGCUUUGUUUAGUCCCCAUAUCGGAGCUCGUGAGGGGUCUGUCGUUGGGCAGCAAAAGGAUCAGGCUUUAGCAGAAGUUUUUUGGCGUGUGCCAGAUGCGAACACCUUUCGUCAGCAGCGUAGGCAGGAGAGGAGAAAGUCGCAGACCGCAAUCCGCAACUGGAUGGAACAGAAUGACACUGAAGAAGGUGCACCGUUGUCGCACUGGCCAACUAUGGAUAGUCGCAGAAGUGGUGGUAGUAGAUUCGCAAAAAGGUUUAGGACGGUAUCAGACGUUAGGUCGGCCGCGAGCGAUCCUGCCGAUUUGAUGUCGAAUAGUGGGUUUCCCUCUGCUGGCCGAUUUAGAACCUUUGACGGACGCUCCCCUGGGCAGCAGCCGGAAGAUAAGGACCAAACUGACGCAGAUGGGGAUGAUGAACUGGUCACGAACGAUGAAGACGAGGAUGAAGUUGCAACAGAAGAUCCGAGAGGUUCGAAAUCACGCCGAGUGGAGGAAGAUGAAGAGGACUAUUUCACCACUCCGAUUGCCUCACGCUUUGGUGUCUUGGCUCCAGCCUCACUUACGUCCACUCGCUCGUCCGUACCGGCAGCAAUAGCCUCACCUCGAGGGGGCCGCCGGCAAGGCAUGCACAGCCGUACAAUGUCAACUAACACAAUACUCUACGCGCCACAAGAAGUCAGGGAUGCUCUAGCAAACGCUGAAUCAGAAUCCGACCAGCCAGUUACGUCUCGUUCUCGACCCUUAAGCAGUCGCCAAACUACAGUUGCCCCGACCCCUGUGUCCAGCGGAACUCGCUCGCCACGUCGGUCUGUUUACAUACAGCCACCCGUGAGACCUCGCCCAAUACCUUCAAAGACGGCACCCGACCGUCCACCGGUACUCAGCGCUCCAGCAAACCGUCGCCACGCACCGCUUACGGAUGAUAUGGACAUGAAUUCGGAGUUGGGCCUGGACACUAGCAAUGUGGAGGCAUUCAGCGGCGUGCCGGCCUCGUUUCAGACCCAAAUGGCUUGGGCUACGGGCCAGCUCAAGGGUCAAAAUCGGAAGGCACAAGAUCGAGAGGAUUCUGACCGCCUAGCCCGCCUCAUGCUCGCGAAAAUGAAGGCCCUCGAAGAACGAUUUGAUAACGUGGCUCGCGAGAUUCAAGCAGUACGUACCGUGGCCACGGCGCAUAACUCCGGUGACGACAGAAGCUCUAGAGCUGGAAGCGGCACAGGCACUGUGGCCAUAGAAAUUGCGUCUAGAGAUAGACGACGUCCUACGACAGCAUAUAAACGUCCGACGACACAAGGUGACCGAAGCCAUCCGGCCAGCGGUGUGGAGGAUAGACCGGUCUUGAGUAGGAGGAAUACAAAACAGAGACCCAGGAUAAAGGAAAGGGCAAAGCGAUCGCUCGCUCUACCGGAGACAGCGGCGACGAUGAGAAGGAUGCACCAACUCUAA